CCCAUUCGUGUGCAGAAGAAGAGAAGCCCACUUCUCUGAGUUGUGAUGGUCGCGUCGGCACAGUCUCUCAGUCCCAAGAAGCGCCAGUGGCUCGGCAGUCUCAGUCCGUCCACCAGCAAGAGCAGUCGUCGCGUCAAGCAGCAUCCGCGUCUACUCCAGUGUCGAGUCAGCGAGGGCUCUGCAGGCGAGACAGACUGCGAGAGUCUUGACCCAGACGACGAUGUGGACAUGGACGACGCCAAUAAUGAGCCUAAUAUGUUUUCCAUCGACAUUCAGGCGUUGCCCGACGAGCUGCUAGCUCUCGCGUUUGCGAUGUUGGACGGUCACUCGCUGUUAGCGUGUGCCUCGACAAGUCGCGCUUUCCGCUCUUUGACGUUCGAUCGGGGGGUCUGGAGAAGACUAUGCAUCAAGAACUGGCCGACCUUGAGGACACGACUGCUGCCGCAACUACCAGGAGCUCCUGACUAUGAUCUUGUGAGACUCUAUGGCGGUUGCUGGAGGCGGUGCUUUGUGGAGAGACAUGCCAAUGAACAGAGAGCAGAGAUAUCAGUCAAAGUGCCUCAGUUUUCCGACGUGGAAGCCAUGAGAGACAUGGAAAAAGUCGUGUCGGACACGUUCAGUAUCGGCGCACAUCGCUUCUGUCUCUGGGUUUUCCCUACUGGCAAUCCCAAUGAGGCACAGUACAAAGGCCGUGUGCUCAGUGUGUACCUCGUACUCACUGAUUUAUCACGCCGAGCUCCCGACUGGCUCACGUGCGCCGUGUUCUCGCUACAGGUACAAAACUCUCUGGAUCCAAGACGUCAACUCGAGUGGCAUUCGUGUCUGACGGACAACAAGUUCCACACACAUCUCAAUAAUUGGGGGGUGCAUUCACUUGGGUCGCUGAACAUGCUGCGGGACCCUCAGCAAGGCUUCCUUACUAGCUCAACUGGGGACCAAACGCAGCUUGAUACUCUCACUUUAUCAGCGCAAGUACGACUGAUGUCCAUUACAUUUCGUGUGGUAUUUGAACACGAUCUCCGGAACCACCAUCAAUUGGGUCUCGUGGAGCUCUCAAAAGUUGCGGAGCUAGAGCUGCCUUUUUGUUGCUCUCUGCGUGACUUGCUAGUGGCGUUACAUGACCAGUUCUCCGAAGUGCUUGGAGAAUACAGUGAAGAGGAUACAGCUACGAACAAGACGCGGGUGUGGUGCUUUAAUCAGCCUGUGGUCUCAGGACAGGCUCUUCGACCGCGAAAGCUGCUCACGUGCGAGAAAUCUCAGCAAGACCGACCGCUUUUCGGACAUUUGCUUUGUGACGGCGUGGAUAUUGAUGCGUACUCGUUCUGCCAGAUUUACGUUGAGAACGACGCAGCGAUGGAUGAUCUCAGUCUGAAAUUUCGCUCCGGAGAGCUAGAGAUUGCGAACGAUAGUUUGGAGACGCCGGAAGGGUAUGUUUUUGUGAAGAUAUUGCAGCCAGCGCCUGUCAAUCGCCUUGAGUAUGUGGGUAAAGUUCGCGUGUAUGGGGUAUCAUCGCCAGAAACCGCGGAUUUGCAGGCAAGUGAGAAGUUGGCACCUAGUGUUUUGUACGAAGCUGUUGCACGUCGUACAGGAUGGAGUUGUACGCAACUGGAAAUGUACCGAGAAGAAAUCGCCCCUAUUGCUGUGUCGGAGUUGAUCCCGUACCACACAUCAGCUACCAAGGCAGGAUUCAAGUCAGCAGAUAUUCUGAUAUUUUGUGUCAAACCACAAGCACAGCAAGAGUGUUCGCUAAGGAGUCUAGUGGACCCAGUCUACGAUCUGCUGCUCGAACGUUACGCCGAAGCUCGUGAACUCUUCAAGCCUAAUCGGUUGGUACCACCCACGUUAGAACAAGUGGAAAACUUGGCCGAAAAGCUGGAUAUCCCGAAAUUCCGUGUACGCAGUGCAUUUCGCAAGUGUCAUGAAGAUGCACUCGCUACCUUGCGCUAUAUCAUGGAGGGUCGUCAUCUGGGCUUUAUCUGCGACUCGUGUGGCGAAACAGAUUUCACUGGAGCACGAUAUAACUGCGCGGUCUGCAGUGAUUACGACUUGUGCGCUUCAUGCAAUGCAGCGCAAUCUUGCGAUGUCUCGCACCGCUACGCCAACGUCGACGGGAAGUGGCAGCGCGUGUACAACUUCAAGGACCACAAAAGCUUGCACGGCAUGCGCAGAAUGCUGCCGGUUUUCUAUGGAUACGACGGCAAGUUCCAAUCGCAGCAACCACCUGCUGAAUCUUGCUGAGAACAAGCUGGCGCUGGUGUGCUAAUCCCAUGUAAUCUUUAGGUUCAUUCAUUUUCUUACAAUGUACUUCACGUCUCCCAGCGAAAACAAAAAGCUCGACUCGGAUCGGCUCCAUACCUGUAUCAAGUCUAGAUUAGAAACAGAAUAUCAUCGCAAUACUUGACGGUGCC